AAAAUAAUAUAAAUAAUUGAGAAAAUGUGAAAAAUAAAGCCAAAAAGAAUAGUAAUUAGUUUUAUUUAUCUCUUCACCUAACCAAAUGCACCAAGAACUUCUUGGAAGAGAAGAAUAUUACCAAUACGAACAAAAUUAAAAGCCUAAAGUCAGUAUCCUACUUGCGAAGCAACCAUUAAAUUAAAUUUCUAGUAGCCACAUCCUUAGAGUAGAGUGUGCAAUUGUUUCAAUCUUCAGUCGAGUAAGUGAUUUGAUUUGAAUGAGUUGAUUGGGCUAAUUUUUCAAUCCCUGAAUAGUAAAAAGUUUAGUGGUAAUUCCUAUAUAAACUUCAUAUCGGUUUCUUAUAUUGGAUCAAAUCCUAGCUACUACAACUAACAACUUCAGCUCGCUUGCUUUUACAGGAAUUGAAGAAAUGGAAGUUGAAAUCAUUUCAAAAGAAAUUGUCAAACCCUCUUCUUCAACACCAAAGCACCUAACAACGUAUAACCUCUGUCUCCUUGAUCAAUUAGCUCCCCCAGUUUACAUUCCCAUCAUUCUCUUUUAUUCAGCAAGCAGUGAAAAUUUCUGCAAAAAAUCUCAUCACCAGCUGAAAACAUCCUUCUCAGAGACAUUAACCCAUUUCUAUCCUUUCGCCGGACGACUUAAAGAUAGCUUUUCUGUUGACUGCAAUGAUGAAGGUGCUCCAUUUGUUGAAGCACACGUAGCUGGAGAAAUGUCUAUGAUACUUGAAGAACCGGACAUACAUCAACUGGAAAAGCUACUGCCAUGUAACCCACAUGACGUCUCACCUGAGAUAAGCUCUCAGGUAAUUGCAGCAGCCCAAGUGAAUUACUUUGAUUGCGGUGGAAUGGCAGUGAGUGUUUGUAUUUGGCAUGCAAUUGGGGAUUCAUCAGCAGUGGCAUCCUUUCUCACUAGCUGGGCUGCAAUUGCCCGCGGUGCUAGUGACGAUAUUGAAGGUGUGAUCUCUGAUUGCACCUCGCUUUUCCCUCCACAAGACAUGUUAAAUUUCUCGUUGCGUAAUUUCUUGAAGGAGGACUUGUUAAAUAAAAUCAUGACGAAAAGGUUCCUGUUUGAUAGCUCUAAGUUAGCUGCUCUGAGAGAAGAAGUAGGCAAUGGACCGUGUUUGGAACGUCCAACACGAGUUGAGGCUGUGGCAGCCCUCAUUUGGAGUGCUGUGAUGGCUGCAACUAGAGAAGAAAAUGAAAAUGGAACUGAAACUGAAACUGCCGAGAUCAAUGCUGCAACCAUGGCAGUGGGUCUGCGAAAAAGAAUGAUUCCACAGCUGCCAAAGCUAUCAAUUGGAAGCAUAUUUCAAGUUGCAAUAGCUAAUUGUUCCAAGGAUGAUGAGAAAUUGCUUGACUAUAAUGGUUUAGCAGGAAAGCUUCAUGAGUCCAUAGGGAAGAUGAAUAAUGACUAUGUGAGGAAGAUCCAUGCUGGUGGUGCGUACUUCCAGUUUCUAAGGAAAAAGGGCGAGGAGCUUGGGAAAAACCCUAACCUAAUGAAGGUGUUUGGUUUCAGUAGUUGGUGCAGAUUUCCAUUCUAUGAGGCUGAUUUUGGGUGGGGAAAGCCCACUUGGGUAGGCACUGCCUUGACACUCUACAAGGUUGCUAUUUUCAUAGACACCAAAGAUGGUCAAGGAAUAGAUGCGUGGGUGUCCUUGCCUAAGGAAGAUAUGGUGAAGUUUGAACAAAAUCCUGGCAUAUGUGCCUAUUCAUCUUUCAAGCCAAGCACUUAAAUAGUAUAUCAUCUACUCUUUUUAAGUAGGAGGGGAGAUAAGAACUAGUAAUUUAAUGGCAAAUUUCAUGUAAUAUAAGUGUUUAGUUGUGGAUAAUAAGGACGUCCCAUAGAAAAACAACCUCAAAAGUGUUUUAUUAUGAGACGACAAAAUAUUAGCAAUAAACCGAGUGCUUAGUUGCUUGGUCCCCCUGCAUUGGGUAGCUUAGCAUGCAUGGCAAGAGUUGAUUAUGUGGAGUUGUAUUGUGAAUUAUGAUCUUUUAAUUUAAUAAAGUUGAAUAUUAUCUUA